AUGGCCGAAGACGCCCAUCCAGCCUACCUCUCGCCCAGCGAGCUGGGCUCAAAGGACUACCAAUUGAUUCCAGAAAAAGCUAACCCGCACCCCUUCUCCUUCUUCUCCAGUUGGGAAACCUACUACGCCCGCACGCGCGCCCAUAUCUCCCCCUCCACGCCGCAAGCCCCCGCACCAACCCACGACUCCGACCCUGACUCCGACUCUGACCUCAACGCCGAAGACGACCCCGGCACUUCAUGGUUCGCCGAGCACAACGCGCCCCAGAAAGUCCUGCGCUUCCUCACCCGCGCCGCGUUCCCGUUGGCGCCCCGCAACACGCGCGGCCGCGCCCCCGCGGUCCUCGACCUGGGCACCGGCAACGGAAGCAUGCUCGCACUGCUGCGGAAAAAGGGCCGCUUUGCGGGCCCACUGGUCGGCGUCGAUUACUCGGCGCAGAGCGUAGAGCUGGCGCGCGAGUUGCAGGCGUCUAGAGGGCAUGCGGCGUAUCGGACGGAUGAUGAGAGCGAGAGUGAAAGCGAGGGCGAACAGGAUGGCGGAGAUCUAGAGCCAGGCAUUGAGGAGCAGGAGAGCUCUGCGCCGAUCCGCUUCGAAGAGUGGGAUAUCCUCGGAUCCCAGGCAGUGCUGUCAGAAACUGGAGAGGCGGUGGUUCCGGUGGCCGGGGAAGAGACGCUGGCGUGGUUUCCUUACGGGGCAGGUGGAUUUGAUAUUGUGCUGGAUAAGGGGACGUUUGAUGCGAUUUCGCUGGCGGAUGACGCGCAGACGACGCGGGUGUGCGAGCGGUAUCCGGAUAUUGCGCGGCGGCUGGUGCGGCGGGGUGGGUUUUUGAUUGUGACGAGUUGCAAUUGGACGGAAGAGGAGCUCGUACGGUGGUUUACAGGUGGUAAGGAGGAAAGCCAGGAUCGAUUUGCGGUUUGGGGGCGUGUUGAAUACCCGCGGUUUCGUUUUGGGGGGCAGGAAGGGCAGGGGGUUUGUACGGUGUGCUUUGAGAGAGUUGGGGGUACGCAAUGA